AUGUGGGAUGCGUCCGAGGUCGUCGCCCCAACCGGAACCCAAACUCCGGUUCCCUGCCCCCCUAGGGUCGACCCCGUGGCUUUCUCGUGGACAUUGGUGAAAUGCUUCACCGUCAUUCUCAUGGGGUUUGCUUCGGGCAAGGCUCGCUUGGUGAAAGGCCGCGAGGUGCGCGCCCUGGACCUGCUGGCCUCGCACGUGUGCCUCUCGGCGCUUCUCUUCCUCAACUUGAGCCAGCUGCGGCUGAACACGUUCGAGUGGCCCCUGGUGGCAGCGGUGCUUCUGGGCAAGGCUGCACUGUUCGCCCUGGUUGCGGCAGUGAGCGCUGCGCUCUCCUAUUCGUCGAGAUGCCGCGAAGGAGGUCGACUGGCCACCGCGGGCCUGCACGCCAUCUUCGUGACCCAAGUGAACGACUUCGGCAUCGCAUACCCGCUAGUGGAGUCGGUGUUUGGCCGGAGCCAUCCGGACUUCGCUGGUUACCUGUACCUCGUGGCACCGCUUUCCCUGGUGUUGUUCAACCCGAUCGGAUUCUUCAUGGCCGAGCUGCAAGGCGUUCGAUCGCAGCGGCGCUACACCGAAGACGCUAUUGAGUCAACGGCCCAGAAGCAGUCGGUGGCCAGAGGACUGUUCAAAGCCGCGGCCUGGGCGGUUUUUAAGGUAAUGCGCACAAAUGUAUGUGUAUGUAAGUCAAAACACGCGUCAAGAACGCGCUCUUGGCGGCCAAACGGCGCGAGCGCCGGCCUGGAAGGUGACUGCCUCUUCUACAGCCGCUACAGUGGGAAAGGGCGGCAGUUCAAGAGGACGCCUCUUCUUGGAGACGCGUUCGCGGCACCAAUACUGUUUCUGCUGGGAUACCACAUCGAGAAAGCUUUCCAGGAGCGCGACGUCAGGGAGCACCUGCUUCCUGCCUUGAUCCUGAGCGCGGUGAAGUCGUUCGCUCUACCGAUGUUCCUCAAGGUGUCCGUAGAACUCGUGCUUUACUGGGGCGGUGCUCAGGCCGGUGUCAAGGACCGGGCCAAUUUCGCUUUCCUGUACGGCUCCGCCCCGACGGCGCCCAUUGUGAUCCUGUACGCCUCUCAAAGAGCUCUGCCGGCGGGGACGCUGGCUACGGGAGUCGGCGUGUGCACCUUGCUCUCACUGCCGGUGAUGUUCGCGUCGGCCGCCGUUAUCAGCGACGAAGGACUGCCUGCAGCGGUGGUCUCGGCGCAUUUGCAAAUGAGAACUGUCCUGGCCUCCCUCAGCGGACUCAGCCUCCUGGCGUCCGUGCUCGUCAUCGGACUGUUUAUAUUGACCAGAAGGACGAAGAGUCUGAUCUGCAAUGCGUUCCUGUGUCUGCUUGUCUGCGAGGUCUUCAAGUCAGCAGGCGUGUUGUUGUGGCUGCUGCACAGGCCGCACAGCCUGUGGGGUCACGUGGCAGUCUUCUUAGUGACGUGCAGCCAGUACGCGUCGAGAGCAUGGACUGCAAGCAUGGCCCUCAGUGUCUUCCUGCUCAAACACUACAACGCUCCUGAACUGACCACGACCGCCCGGAUUAUGUUCUUUGUGGCGUACGGAGUGCCGGUCAUCCUGACAGCGGCGGUCAUGAUCGGUGGUCGCCUUUUAUGUCGGCGCCAGAGCAGUGCCGAUGUGGAAGUUCCUCUAUUCUUCAACGGCGAAUGUGAGGCCGUCGCAUCUGUCGUGCUGCUAAGUGUCUGCGCGGCGGUGAUUGCACUCUGUCUCUUGCAACACGCUUACGAGCGAGCGCUGAAGACGUCGUCAUUCUUUGAAUGCUGCUGCUGCCGUUCCAGAAGGGGCUUCGGGGCUGGACUGGAAAACCAGUAUUAUGAAAAGACGCCGCCUGCUCGCAAGUGCGACGCAAUGCAUGACACGAAGAUCCCACUCGAAACUACAGCGCGAGUUCGCUUCAACUUGCCGCCUUCUGGACAUGUGUCUUGGCCCGGAAAAGACGAUGGCGCUUCCGUGAAGACGUUCGAACCUGAAGACGACGUGCGGGGACUCACGCUCCUGACAGCAGUACUGUUCAUUUCAAUAUUGAUCGGGAUAUUUGUGAGCUACGGGAGGAUCUUUCUUGGAGUCCCGUACGGUGUUUUCAGAACUCUCCAACUAAUUGAUGCAACGCUUAGUUUCGGCCAGGGGAUGCUUGUCUUUCUGGCGUGCGGACUGGAAGGAAAGCUGCUUAGUGAGGCGAAAGCACGGGUCCUGCUGUUACUGCGAAUCGCGGGUAAACGGACGCAUCUCAAGGAGCGGACCGUCUCUGCUGGAUUACGGAACACGAACGAAAUAGCCUGCCGCCAGUUCAACGUCUACCAUCGACGUGCCUUCGAGGAGUUCUUGGACGAGACCGAAGCUGGUGUUCCAGUGUCUCUGGCUCGAGCCGGCUUCCACGGACACCGGCUUGUUGACUGGCUAAUGGAUGCGGGCCUUGUUAGGAGCCGCGAUGAAGGCGUAGUCUACGGAAGACGCCUGCUGGAAGGAGGCCUUUUAGUGCACAUGGAGCGUUCUAUGCACUUCUACGACGGGCCGUACGACUAUGUCUUCGUGUUUUAAAGCUUCAGCGUAUAUCGAAGG